CUGUGACCUCCUUCUUAGCAACAGAUACAUUUCGCCAAAACAAAGUUGCAAAGUGAUAAAUUUCAUUAUAUUUAUCAAUAUUCGAAGUUAAGAAAAUGUAAAAUAACAUUAAUAUUCGUACCGUAACACCAAGACAUGUCACGUUCAACAAUGUCAAAGUCCCGUUCGGACAAGGGAUCAAAAGAAAAAGAAAAGGAUCGUGGAGGAAGCACAUCUGUACCUGUACCAGCCCCAAAUACAGAUGUGAUUCCAGGCCGAUUUACAGAAAGUGACUGGCACAGUCUGGUAGAUAAUGAGCAUAGUGAGGAGUUUGUUGUAGAUAUUGUGGGUGAUAUUGUCAAUUCUGCUUUGAAUGUUAUAUACGAUAGUUAUAUACAAAGACAGCUAUAUCCGUAUACAAUAACACAGGCAAAAGAGGAUAUUCUUCAAGUGAUUGAGUGGCAAUUUUUAGCUAGAGACGAGGGAGAGGGUGAUCCUGAAACAGAUCCAACGUGGUUAGAAGAUCAUGAGCCAUUGCCAUGCGUACAAGAUGCUUGGGCUCAAGGCUCUGUUCCUAGGCGACAUUAUCCCCCAGCCUCUCCAACGAUAACAGAAGCUGACACAGAAUUUACAGUAGUAACACCACUAUCACAAUAUGACAUCAUUGAUGAUGAUAUGGCCACUGUCAAUGAUACUGCUACACUGGAGGAAGAAGAGAUGCAGGAACAAGUGAAAGACGAAAAACAAAGCAUAGAAGAGGAAGAGAAGGGCACAAGUGAGCCGUCAUCGAAAGAGAAAUCAAAAAUGAAAGCAAAGUUUAAAUACAAGGCAUACACAGGACGUUUAAAGUCAGCACCAUUGAAAAACGUAGAAUCAUUAGAUGAUACAGAGAAAGCACUGCGAGAGGCUGAAAAUCCACCAUCACCUCCAAACGCUAAAGAUGCACUUAUGCAACAUAUGCCAUCGUCCUGUCACUCUAUACUCAAGGUUCAAGCAGGGCGUCCUCCUGGAAGUAAAGAUGUAACUUACGAUGAAAAAGGCAAUGUUGUAUCAAUUGUUAGGUUAGAUCCAGACAAGUUACCGUCACAUAGGGUUAGAACAAAAUAUAAGAUAGUAGACCCAGCAGUGGAGGCAGCGCAUGCAAGACUCAUUGCAAUGAGGACAGGACGCUUCACAAAAUCUACACAACAAAAUGGCUCAAAUAAUAAAAAUCCUACAGGAUAUUUUGAGAAACCCAUAACAGCUCAUACCAAUGUGAAAAAUUUCAAGAUAGAUGGCAGUAGACUGACUGCACCAGCAGUCAGCAGUAUGACAAUGGCAAGUAACACCACAAUAUGCAGCCAGUUGAAACAAGCCUAUGAAGCCAAUACAAACCAGGCCAUUGUAACAGCCCUACCGCCACCUCUGAUUGAGAGCAUGGAGCUGUCACCCGGCGUGAUCGUAAAGGAAGUUGACAGAAUCAAACGAGGUCCUAUACCUCAAAUGCGCCAUGCUGGCCUUGUGACCUCGGCAAAACUCCGUUCCCUACGGCCACUAGCAAGUCAUACCAUUGACCAGGAAUUAGCAGUCUCAGAUAUUCUUAAUUCACAGACACCUGUAGUACGUCCAUUGCAUUCUACUGAUCCAAUUCCACCAAUCACAUCGCGUACAGCAGUGCAUUCAAAUUAGCAGUCUUAUUCCACCAAUCAUAUCACUCAGCCUACUUUUCAAAUUAGCAGUCUUCCUGUAUUUAGUAUUUUAUUGAAAGGACAUCCAAUUGUUAAAAAAAAUAACACAAAUUGUUUUAAUAACACAAUAGAAUACACAGGAGCAUAUUCAACUCUUGUAUCAUUUUAUGAAUAUUUACAUGUGAUUAAUACAAUUUUACAUGUGAUGAAUAAAUUAAGAAAAAUUAUAACAAAAACAGGCUUAGUAUCUUUUACAUGUAAUGUAUUCAUAUAAUUAUAAUUUGCAAACCACUUAUUCAGUAGCUGAAGUAAUUACCUUUAGAAAUGAUUUAUCAAACAUGAUAUAUUAUAUAAUUUAUUAAGGUGUAAAUACAUCAAUUUAUAUUUUGUUUAUAUUUGUUUCUUCAAGGAAGGUACUAGGAGCAGUGGCAUAUCAAGGGGUUUGUGGGCAUGGGCCCCAAAAAAUACUCUCUCCCAGUGCCCCCCCCCCACUAAAAUUUUUUGAAGCAAAAAAAUUGCCCUUAAGUAAAAAAUCACCUUAUUUUGCAAGCUAGCACACCGCUAUCGAGCCUUUCCCUUUACCUUUGCGCCCCACCAGCCCCCACCCCAUUUCAAGACCCCUAGCUUUGCCACUGACUAGGAGACAGUAUUUCCUUAAAAAUGAAUUUAUGAAAUAUGGAAAAGUUAAAAGUGGAUUAUAAUAUGCCUAUUACAGUAUAUAAACACUAUUAAUAUAAAAUAAUUUUAAUUUAUUUCUUUUAUUAGCAUUUUUUAUGAAACCAAACCAGGUGCGAUCUUCAGUGUGUGUGGAUUAUCAUAAAAAAAAAUUGGAUUUAAUGAUUUUAAAUUAGUAUUUUUUACCAGUAUUGUUACUAUAGUGAGUGUGUGAUACAGUGGUGUAUCUAGGGGUGCGCAUGAAUCAUGGCCCCCUAAAAAAAAGCUUCCCCAGUCGCCUACCCCCCCCCCCCAAUUGAAUAUGUUGCAAGCAAAAACAUCAAGCUCAAGUAGUUAAAAAUCACCUCAUAUUGCCUUAAUUUGGAGGGUAGUUCCCACUCACUUAAUAAUCAAUGCCCUCCCCACUUCAUUUUCCCCCACCAUUUCAAGACUCUGAUACACCACUGAUGUGAUACCCAACCAGUGUGAAUUUUAGCUGUUAUAUCAGCUCUAAACAGCAAUGAUAUAGGUACUAUUAGUAUUACUGUGUGUGGCAUGCAACCAUUGCAAACCUCUUGUUUGUGUGUGAUACCCAACCAGUGUGAAUAUGUAUCAGAUUUGGUUGUGUUUGCAAUACACUAGUGUUUUCGGAAUUUUGAAAGAGGGUGUUUAAUAAUCAACCAAUGUGAAUAUUUCCUCAUGGUGCCACAAACAAAGUAACUGCUUUAACAUUUUGUUGUACAUUUUGUAGAAUUGUAAGGUUUCUAAAUCACACUGUUGAGCCUCCAAGCGUUUGCUGCAGCAUCUGUUAAAAAACAAAUAUUGCUUUAAAAAGUAUGUAUAAUUAUUAUCAUCUUUAAGUAUCAUCAGUGAAUUUCAAACAAAAACAAGUAACCAAGAUUUACUGUUUUGUUUGUUGUAUGAAGGAGGUAGAAGUUAUAUAUACGGUAGUACUAACUACCUGUACUGUAUAUUGAUAAUGAAUUGUAAAUAAAAAUAAUGUAAAGGGUUUGCCUAGA